GCCCUGUACGUGUUGGCGUGCGCCCACGUUGCUUCUGUCCGCGUGGCCCUUUGCGCGAGGCAGCCGCCCUCCGGACUGCGAGGCAGUCACGGCGCGGUUCUUCUUAUAGGCGCCCGCCAAGAUUGUUAGAGUGCCCAGUGGCCGACGGCUGGGAUGAGCACGCAGAGGUGGGCGACGACUCCAACGGCCAUCCUCUGCCGCACGCUCGGGCCGCGGCGCGCCGACGGGCGUGAGGGUGACGGAGCUGCAAUCGUUUGCCACGCCAGCGGGGCCUACUUCACGGGCCUCGCGCCGGCGAGGGCCCCGCUGCGGCCCUGCCUUCGAGGGAGAGGCGGGCCGUGGCUCGCACGGCCAGCUCCGCCGUCGGCGGAUUUGUACAGGCGCGAUGCCGCCUUCCUGACAAGCCGCUUGCUGCCUUCCGCGGCGCCGGACAUCGCUGCUCCCCACCUCUUUUGAAUACGUUGUGACCAGUGCGCGCAAGAUGGCUUAGGCCUCUUGCGCGAGUUUCCAGCUCACAUGUUCCAAGCCGCCCGGAUUCGGCCAGAGUGCGCGGGGUCCGGGGAUCGCGCCGCAUCGCGAGGCGCGACCCCAAGCACGAUUCGUUCCACCCUGACGUCGCCGACGCAUUGAUUUGGAUUUGGCGACGCGGCGCGGAUCGAUAUGAUACUUCCUGGGGGCCACUGGUUUUUCCCAAACGGUACGCACGGGGCUCCCGCAGCGAGGGCCGUUGGGUGCUCAGGAGCGCUCCUGGAGCGCAACCAGAGCCGAUCGCGUCACGAUGGCUGCGUUCGUAGCCCCGUGUGCGGACGCCUGGACCGCGCGCCGACCGCGGGCUGCCUCUCGUGCCUUUCCGCCUCCGUCCCUCUCUGCCACGUUCGCGCGCCCCCGCUCAUUCCCGUCCCAAGAAAGACCUCGAUCCGUGAUCCUCUGGCCCCGUUUGGGCGGCCCCUUCGUGACGCGC